AACUGGGACAGAAGCCUUCACAGGAGGGUGAGUUUGUACGCCCGCCUGGCUGAGAAGAUCCUGCGUCCUUUUCCUACCAUGUGCCAUAUUGCUGGGAACAUAAUUUGCUAAAUGAGGAUCUCGUAUCUGGGGAUAGAAAGUCUUUUUCACAUUUCAAGAUGUUAAUACAGUGGCAAAUGGAUUCCUGAUCGAAGACGUCAAAGACGUACGUGACACACCCGCUGGAACAAUGGCUGCAGCAGCUGAUGGCUUGGGGAGCAUCACUCUGGACACCUCACAACUUAACAUGGCAGUCACUGAUCCAGCCGCUUGGGCUACAGCUAUGAACAACCUGGGGAUGGUCCCAGUAGGAUUAGCUGGACAGCAGCUUGUGACAGAUUCAAUCUGUGUACGAGGCUUUGAUCCAAAUCUCAGCAUGAUGUCGGGAAUAACUCCGCUUAACCCCAUGUUGCCAGGCAUGGGAUUGGUGCCCCAGCCACCCACAGCAGAGGUGCCUGUUAUCAAAGAAAUAAUCCACUGCAAAAGCUGCACGCUCUUCCCUCCAAACCCAAAUCUUCCACCACCUUCAACAAGAGACAGGCCUCCUGGGUGCAAAACUGUGUUUGUUGGAGGAUUACCCGAAAAUGCUACUGAAGAAAUUAUUCAGGAAGUCUUUGAGCAAUGUGGGGACAUCACAGCAAUUCGAAAAAGCAAGAAGAAUUUUUGUCACAUUCGUUUUGCAGAAGAGUUCAUGGUUGAUAAAGCCAUUUACCUUUCUGGUUAUCGCAUGAGAUUAGGGUCGAGCACAGACAAAAAGGAUUCAGGCCGCCUUCAUGUUGAUUUUGCACAAGCAAGAGAUGACUUUUAUGAAUGGGAAUGCAAGCAAAGGAUGCUGGCUAGAGAAGAACGGCACAGGCGCAAAAUGGAGGAAGAUCGAAUGCGGCCUCCAUCUCCACCAGCGAUAAUGCAUUAUUCCGAACACGAAGCCACUUUGCUGGCAGAAAAACUGAAAGAUGACAGCAAAUUUCCAGAGGCCACUACCGUUUUGCUUACCUGGAUAGAGCGUGGUGAGGUGAAUCGCCGCACUGCCAACCAGUUCUAUUCAAUGGUGCAGUUGGCCAAUAGUCACGUCCGCCGACUCAUGAAUGAAAAAGCUACUCAUGAACAAGAAAUGGAGCAAGCCAAAGAGACUUUUAAAACUGCUCUAAUGGGGAUCCUCACUCAAUUUGAGCAGAUUGUGGCCGUUUUCAACGCCUCCACCAGACAAAAAGCUUGGGACCAUUUCUCGAAAGCUCAGCGCAAGAACAUAGACAUUUGGCGAAAGCAUUCAGAGGAGCUCAGGAAUGCUCACAGCGAACAGCUCAUGGGGAUCCGACGGGAGGAAGAGAUGGAAAUGUCCGACGAUGACAGCACAGGCAAUCCCAGUAAUAAGAGACCGAGAGUGGACGAAUCAGCUCUAGCUGCUCAAGCUUAUGCCCUUAAGGAAGAGAACGACAGUCUCCGAUGGCAACUGGAUGCCUACCGAAAUGAGGUGGAACUCCUGAAACAAGAAAAGGGGCAGCUCUUCCGAACAGAAGAGAGUCUCACGAAGGACCAGCAGCUCCAGUUCCUGAGGCAGACGCUACAAGGCAUGCAGCAGCAACUGUUGAAAAUCCAAGAAGAAUUAAACAACAAAAAAUUGGAACUGGAGCAAGCCAGAGAAGAGCAUACGCACACGCAGGCCAUGCUGAAAAUUCUCCAGGAACAGUUAAAAAAAAAUACCAAGGAAUUAGCAGAAACGAAUGGCCAUAAUGAACCUCAGGUAAAUGAAAUCAAUGUGAUGACAGUACCAUUGGUCAACCAAGAUAGAGAAAAAAAUUCUGAGAAGCGAAGCCAACCACUAAAAUCAGAGAAAGAAGCCCUGUUGAUAGGUAUCAUCUCUACAUUCCUUCACGUCCAUCCGUUUGGAGCUAAUAUAGAGUAUCUUUGGUCCUACAUGCAGCAGCUGGACUCCAGGAUCUCUGCAAAUGAAAUAGAAAUGCUUUUGAUGAGGCUUCCACGCAUGUUCAAGCAAGAGUUCACUGGAGUAGGAGCAACGUUGGAGAAGAGGUGGAAGUUCUGUGCCUUUGAAGGAAUUAAAACCACUUGACUGCGGACAGGAUGGGGCUGGGGAGGGGAAAGACUUUGUGAGGCAGGACAGGGGCUUGCCGACCAACAUGCGGAAGGGAGAGAAUUCGGAUCAGCACCCAUCAUGUUUCCAGAGUGCUUCAAGCCUGGUUUUAGUUGCAUUUGUGAUGUCCUCUUGUGAAAAUGUAGUUGUGUGCCAGUUUCCAAAAAGAAAAAAAAUCUAAAAUGCGACAGGUCUGUUUCCUAUGAAAACUCAAGAAAGGUACUACAAUGAUGUUGUUAUUAUUUUUAAAAAAUAUGCUGCGUCUAAGAUUAGCUCACUGAGCAAACAGGAGGAAUUCCCGGUUGCUAAGCUCCAGCGAUGUAUAUGCCAGAUGUAGUAGCUCUUCCUCAAGUUCCGUUCCAGAGAGUCUUUCCAUUUAGUUAAAAAAAAAAAGUGAUUUAACAGUGAGAGAAAAUAUACCAAAAGCCAACUUGAAGACGUGUCUGAACAGUUAUUGCAUUUUGUAAAUUAAGUUAUCUGCUGUACCAGGGACUUUUGCCUUAUUGCUAGAGGUCUGAAAAAAUGUGAAUGGAUUCUUUGAGAAUGCUUUAUCCAGAAUAUUAUUUUUCUAAUGUAACUAUUCUCCAUUCUGAGUUCAUUUAACAUGCACAUCAAUUUUCAUAAACAUGUAAAUAGAAGCAUUCAGUGUUACUAUAUUGUAUUUGGUAGGUAACAUUUGGGGUUGUGCAUUCCAGAACAAGUAUCCAGUUGCAUUACCGUUACAGAUUUUAUAGCAAAUAUAUUGAUUUUUUUCAAUAAAUAGGA